AUGGCGGGCGUGAAUCAGUUACCUGUCUCAGUUGCUGCCGACGGCGUGCAUGGUCGCAAACGCAAUAUGACAAUUGCGGGGAUCGACAGUUCUCCGGGGAGUAUGGAGGAUAUGGAUGACAAUGAUGCGCGCGAGGAAAAGAGACGUCAGCCAGUGAAGCGCGCUUGCAAUGAAUGUCGACAACAGAAACUCCGAUGCGAUGUGAUUCAAGACCCAUGGGCCGACUGUUCGCGAUGCCGUCGACUGAGGCUCGACUGUAAAAUCGAGUCCAACUUCAAGCGUGUUGGGAAGCGCAGCCGCAAUGCAGAAAUGGAGAGGGAAAUAAUGGAGCUCAGGAAGCAGAUUGCUAAUGGCCAACCCGCCCCUGGAAUGUCACAGCAACGAGCAUUGACAGCAGGACAAUUGACACCCAAGCAAGAAUCGAACCAAGUCAGUCCUGCAGUCUAUCAAACCCCAUCAGCCAUGUCCGCAGAUCAGUACAUGGGAUCUCAAGAAGCUGUUGCGUCCCUCCUGGACCUUCGUUCGGGCUUCGACAGUACCAGCUUCAUGAGAAAUGGUGGACAAAUCAGACGAAUUGAAGAUGUUAUGGUUGUUCCCGAAAAAGUGGCGGAACUGUUUAAUAUAUUCUUCACAUACUAUCAUCCUUUCCUUCCAUUUUUGGACCGAAAUCAGUCUCCUGAGUAUUAUCACAACUCCUCUUCGUUGCUUUUCUGGAUAAUUAUCAGUGUCGGUGCACGGCGCUAUCACGGCGAUUCGAAUUUGUUGAAUUCUCUCGCUGGCCCUGUCACCCGGCUGGUGUGGAGCACUCUAGCAGAUAUCCCUCAAAACUACCAUGUUGUGAAGGCUCUCGCUUUACUGUGCUCAUGGCCGUUCCCGACAAGCAGCACCUCAACAGAUCCGACCUUCAUGCUAUGUGGAAUGAUGGUACAGGUUGCUAUGCAGCUUGGUCUCCACCGGCCUUCCCACACCCAGGACUUCAGCAAAUUCCGAGUGGAACUGAUUGAGGAUGAAUUGAGAGAUAAGGUGCGAACUUGGGCGAUUUGCAAUAUUGUUGCUCAAAGAGUUUCCACCGGCUAUGGACAGCCCUCAUCUACUCUUUACGACUGGACAUUGUCCUCGAGUGAUUCGCUAGACCCGAACUUCAAGCUUCCUGAAGAUAUGCGGCCAAGAUUGGAGAUCGAAAAGUUUUGUGAUAGAGUCACCCGGGCGCUUUACACAAAUCGACGUGAUCCCGUUGGCUUAACCAGCGAUCAUGAACGCUCAACAAUGAUUUCGUUCCUGUCGCGAGACUUUGAGGAGUUAGAAGAACAACUCAAACCGCAGAAUGACUGUAUUACUGACUUGUUCCUCCGUGCUGCUAACCUUCAUUUGCACCUUUCGGCAUUCUUUGAUGAGCCAACUACUAAGAAUUACCGCGAACGCCUCUUAUCUCUAUAUGCCGCGACGACAUCAUUCCUCGAGGUUGUCCUGAAUCUCGAGACCGAUGUUGGCCCUGUCCUCUCUUACACCCCAUACUAUGUCUAUCAGAUGAUGGUUGCUGCCGGCUGCACUCUUCUGAAGCUAUGCAAGAGCUUCUUCGCUUCUCACAUAGACAUGGAAUACACCAAGCACCUAUUCAACCGCACAAUCUGGGCCAUCCGGGGGUGUCAGCGUCCAGCAACGACCUGCCCGAACGGCUUGCUGAAGUGUUGGCUCAGAUGUGGAGAUUGGGAGGAGCGAGUCAAAGGUCUAACAAUAGUACCGAUGUUGACGACUCCCUGCGCCUCAAAGUACGCUGCCGAAUGA